AUGUCUAAUGUUGAGAUAACAAAUUCCAUCCAUAGUUUGACUCAAAUAUUUCCUACCCAAGUUGCUAGGGAUGCUAGAGUGCAAGUGAACUCCAAUACUAGUACUACCGCUUCAACGAUAAGGGAUUUCACAAGGAUGAAUCCCCUUACAUUCUUUGGAUCCAAGGUGGAGGAAGACCCACAAGGGUUCAUAGAUGAAGUAUUCAAGGUGGUAGAUGCAAUGUUGGCUAUGCUAAUUCCAAUCAUGGACAUUUCUCAUCUUAUGGUCCACGCCGAACAAAUUGAGGAGCAGAAGCUUAAACAAGUUGGUAGGGAGUUGAAGAGAUCAAAGCCCAAUGAGGGAAAUUUCUCCAAGGCUAGAUUUGAGAUACAAGAUAAACCAAGGUUCAAAAAGAGGUUCUUCAAUUCAAGUCCCUCCAAUGCUCCAAAUCCCACUCAAGGGAAGACGACUACCCCUAAGCCUCAAGGAGAAGAUAAGAGUGACCCUUUUGUGGAAAGAACUACUUGUUUCAAGUGUGGUAAAAAGCAUGAAGGGAAGUGUCUUUUUAUAUGGGUGUUUGCUAUGGAUGUGGGAAAGGUGGCCACCAAUUGA